UCAACGCCUAAGUAUCCAUGAAAAAAAAAAAGAAUAAACGACAAGCUGAGCCAUUAACAGUCCAGUCUCGAUGAAGCUUCGGCAAUGAUAAACAUACUUAAUAGUUUUACUUGCAUGGUCGAGCCCGCUAGGAGCCCAUCGUCGGAGUGCCGACGACGAGUUCGCGGUUGCCGUCCAGAGGAAAAGAUAAAGGCCGCCACCGCCGCCUUCGCCGCCUCUGCCGCCACUGUCACAAACAGAGAGAGUUCGGUAGUCCAUGCGAUGUGUCACUGAAUUUUAAAUCACUGUUGACGGUGCGGUGGUUCGGUACAACGUGCUCCGCGCUCUCGUUUCUCGUCCCGUUCUUGACAUACGUGAAGAAAAAAAAUGGCAUUAGAAGAGAAGACGGCUGGAAAAGUCGAGCUAAAGAGAGAGCUGGGCCUUUUCAGCGCGGUCAGCAUCAUUCUGGCGGUGAUGAUAGGUUCCGGUAUUUUCGUGUCACCAACCAGUGCUUUUGAGCGAUCAGGAUCUGUGGGAUUUUGCUUGGUCGUUUGGAUCAGCUGCGGUGUGCUAUCUUUGUUGGGUGCAUUGGCCUUCGCCGAAUUAAGUACCGUGGUACCACGUUCUGGUGCCGAAUAUGCGUACUUCAUAGAGGCUUUUGGGCCUUUACACGCUUACGCUGGUCAGAUACCAGCGUUUAUUUGCUCCUGGAUUUACGUGAUGUUACUACGGCCAGCGGAAGUGGCAGUAAUUAUAUUGACUUUCGCGGAAUACAGCGUGGAGCCAUUUUCCGGAUAUUUUUGCAAUCUAUCCCAAGACGACAUGGCAAGGCUAAAGAAACUCAUAGCGAUCAUAGCGUUAGGUUUGAUAACGUACAUCAAUCUCGUCAGCGUCAAGCUCUACGUUAAAUUGCAGAACGUGUUCACUGUGUGCAAAGUAAUUGCCUGUAUGGUGGUGAUCGGCGGUGGGAUAUGGUGGCUAAGUACGGGUCAUGUGGAACUUCUCAAUAAUCCUUUUCAUGGCACUACCACGUCGGCCGGUAAUAUCGCCUUGGCCUUCUACAGUGGUCUCUGGGCAUACGACGGAUGGACCUCGGCCGCGGUCGUUACCGAAGAAGUCCAAAAACCCGAAGUCAAUAUCUUCCGCAGUACGAUUAUCGCGGUACCUACCAUCACCGUGCUAUAUGUAUCUAUGAACUUGAUGUACAUGGCAGCAUUGACGUUGCCCGAAAUGAAGAACGCGCCAGCAGUAGCGGUUUUAUGGGCAGACCGAGUCCUGCCUCCCUGGAUGGGCUUUGCGAUACCGCUCGGUGUAGCAUUGUCGACCUUCGGAUGCGCUCUUAGCGUUCAAUUCAGCGUGUCCAGGUUGUGUUUCGUCGCCGGCAGGGAAGGCCAUGUGCCACGAGUUUUCAGUUACGUACACAUAAACAAGAUGACACCGGCCGCAGCAGUAGUUUUUCAGGGUAUACUUUCGUUGGCAUGCUUGUUGUUGGGCAACAUAAUAGCCUUGAUCGAGUUUGCCAGUUUCCUUAUGUGGGUGUUCUACGGAUUAGCAAUGAUAUCGCUCAUAAUUAUGCGACGGACCAAACCGGAUGCUCCCAGACCUUACACGGUACCUAUCGUGAUACCUUGGCUAGUAUUAGGUGUCUCCAUUUUCCUCGCAGUACUUCCGAUAGUUCACGAGCCAUCGAUAAAAUAUCUUUUCGCACUUGUAUUCAUCUUAUGUGGUAUUGUCGUAUACCAUGUAUUUGUGUAUAAGAAGAUAAGCAAUACUUUGUCAGCCAAAUUGACAUACUUCCUGCAAGCGUUAUGUCUAAUUGUUGCUCCAGAUGAAAAGGAAGAUUGAACAAAUGUUUUUUAUCAUUGUUGUAUACACACACACACACACACGCGCGCGCGCGCGCGCGCACAUACACACAUACAUAAGGCCUGUUCUUUGUCGCUGCACUGCUGAACUAGUACAAUAAGUAGAAUAAAACAAAAUAAAUUUUUUCUCAUUUUAACUUAUUGCACCAGCACAGCAGUACAACUACCAAGAACAAACAUAUAAUAAUUACUCGCAUAAUGCAUUCACUCUUUGUGUUCCAUAUACAUUACGUAAUUCAAUAUUGUUUUAUAUUAUAGUUUUUUAUUACCAAAAUAAAUUAAAAAUUCAAUUCUUGUAGUAGGCAUAAAAAGAAUCAACAAUGUGCCUUAUAUAAAGUAAUUAAAGAAUUUAUAUAUAUAAAAUAUACGUACAUAUAUGUAUGUAUGUAUGUAUGUAUGUAUAU